AUGCGAAGUGCUGUGGACAUUGACAUUGCCGCGAAUCGUGAUACAGAUUUUGAAGUGAAUUUUUUAAAAAGUGACGGAAUGGUGCUGACACGCGACGAUGGAGCUGCCUCUCCGCUGAUACAAAUCGAGCAGCCGAGACGAGAUGCACUGCCUGUGCCAGGGACGUCGCAACAAGGAGCAGAACGACCUUGCCUGUUCAUGGCGGGCGCCGAGGUAAAUCGCGUAGGCAUGAGAAUGCCAGAAUUUACUUCCGGAGAUCCGGAAUUAUGGUUCAACAUCAUAGAUCGGAGCUUCCAGGCCGCUGGAAUUAUUACGGACGCGACCAAGUUCGGUUACGUAUUGACGGCGAUCGGUCCACGACACGCGAUGGAAGUACGCGAUAUUAUAAUGAACCCGCCAGCGGAACGCGCGUACGAAACUUUAAGAUGCGAGCUGAUAAAGAGAUUGAGCUUGUCGCAGGAGCACAAGACGCGUCGGCUCCUGGAGCAUGAGGAGAUAGGCGACCGCAAACCGUCACAGUUUUUGCGGCAUCUUCGAGGUCUCGCCGGUAAUGUUGUCGGGGAUGAAGUCCUGCGAACCAUUUGGUUAAGUCGACUGCCCGUUUAUUUGCAGCCGCAUCUCGUAACGCGCGUAGGAGAUACGCUGGAAACUCUCGCGGAUAUGGCGGACGCGAUCGUGGAGGCAACGAGAGCGCCCGCGGUGCACGUCGCGGAAGCGGCUCGGCCGACGGCAUUCGCGGGUGCCGAAGUAAACGGCAUAGCUGCGUUGGAAGCGAGAAUCAACGUCCAGAUGACGCAAAUGCGUAUGGCCAUGCAGCAGGAGUUCGCUGAGCAAAUGACCGGCUUGCGAAAAUGCAUCGAGGCACUAGGAGAGCGAGAACCUCGCCGGAGCGACGGCGGUGGUCGUCGCAGGCGGGAGCGUUCGCGAUCGCGCUCUCGUGUCCGUGGUCACGCGUCGAACAAUUUAUGCUACUUCCACUGGAGAUUCGGACCGGACGCGCGAAGAUGUGAACCCCCGUGUGCCGGACAGCCGCAGGGAAACGCGAUGGCCCGACACUGA